AUGCCGGUCGUUAAAGGUGGCGUUUGGACAAAUAUCGAGGACGAAAUCGUUAAAGUUGCGGUCUCCAAGUAUGGUCUCAACCAGUGGGCUCGAGUAUCUUCCCUCCUUGCGCGCAAAACACCGAAACAAUGCAAAGCCAGAUGGUCAGAAUGGCUAGACCCAGCUAUCCGAAAGAUAGAAUGGUCCAAGGAGGAGGAUGAAAAACUGCUUCAUUUGGCUAAAUUAAUGCCAACACAAUGGCGAACUAUUGCGCCUAUUGUUGGACGAACUGCUACACAGUGCUUGGAAAGGUAUCAAAAACUGUUAGAUGAAGCUGAAGCAAGGGAGUCUGAUGAGCUUGGCCUUGGCGGACCUGCAGGCGGCGAAGCUGCUGCUCCCAGUGCGGACGAUGUCAGGAGGUUACGCCCAGGAGAGCUUGACCCCGAUCCAGAAUCCAAACCUGCGCGGCCUGAUACCAUCGAUCUUGAUGAAGAUGAAAAGGAAAUGCUUAGCGAGGCACGGGCGCGUCUUGCCAACACCCAAGGUAAGAAAGCGAAGCGCAAAGCAAGAGAACGCCAGCUCGAGGAAUCUCGUCGACUCGCAGUCUUACAAAAACGAAGAGAGCUCAAAAAUGCGGGUAUCAACAUUAAAGUCGUUACCCGUAAGCCCGGCCAAAUGGACUAUAAUGCGGAUAUACCGUUUGAAAAGGCACCGGCACCUGGUUUUUACGAUACGCUUGAUGAGCAAGCGAAAAAUGAACGCCAGCGUGCAAACUUUGAUCCCCGCAAACUUCAGCUUGCAAGCAAACGGAAGGGGGACCAAGAAGAAGACGAGGACAGGAAACGAAGGAAGAAUGAAAAGAAUGAUCCAUCUUCAGCCUUCGCGGCUGCUGCCAAAGCGGGCCAGAUGCAACGAAUUCGUGAAGCAGAACAAAGUAGCAAACGACGCGCACUAGUUCUUCCAAGCCCACAGGUCGGAGAAACUGAAUUGGAAGAAAUUGUCAAAAUGGGGAUGGCCGGACAACGUGCAAGUCAAAUGGCGGGCGAAGAUGGGAAUGAUGGAACUCGAGGGCUUGUCGGCAAUUAUUCUAAUAUUAUUGGGAACACACCCAUCCGAACGCCUAGAGCACUACCCGAAGAAGACAGGAUCGCGAACGAAAUCCGAAAUAUAAGGGCAUUAACAGAAACCCAGUCGUCUCUCCUAGGCGGCGAGAACACCCCUCUUCAGGAAGGCGGCUCGACCGGUUUUGAGGGUAUAGCACCUCGACAACACCAGAUGGUCACCCCUAACCCUAUGGCGACGCCAUUCCGACAGGGAAUGGGCAAUGCUGCCAGCGCCACUCCCAUGCGUGGACCUGGCGCGACACCGUUACGAACACCCAGAGAUUCUUUAAUGAUCAACCAAGAAACUGGUGAUCCCUAUCAGCUCGUAGGCAGUACGCCUAAGGAAAUCAAAAUGCGCGAAAGUUUCGCAAGAAGAAAUCUAAGAGCUCAGUUGUCUAGCUUACCCAAACCUAAAGAAACAGAAUGGGAACUAGAGGAAAUGCCUUCGGAAAAGCCCGUGCCUGAAUCUUCUAAUGGAGUCUCGGAAGAGGAUGCCUCUGAGCGCGACAUGAGAAGCAGGCUCGCAGCAGAAAUGGCAGCGGAGAUAGAGUUUAAACGACAAACGCGGGUGUAUCAAAAAAGCCUACCUCGCCCAAUCUUAAUCAAUGUCGGGGCCCUGAUGGAGGACGCUGAUAAAAAUGAUGAUCCUGCUCGCCGGCUUGUCUCGCGUGAAAUGGCCAGACUUAUUGCUAACGAUGCUCGAAAGUUUCCCUUACCAGAGUCUAAACUUGAAGGAAAAGUACCGAAGCUAGACAUGCUAGACGACGAUCUCCUAUCGAAAGCAAGAGAAGAGAUCAUAGCAGAAGCCGGGAAACUGGAAGUGCAGCAAUGGAACGAUGAUUUCAGCUCGUCAUGGUCUGCUAUCCACGAGUCCACCUCUGCUUUGCCUGGGCUUUCUCUCUACGACGACGAAGAGGACGGUGAAGGCCGGUUCCAACAACGGAAAACCGAAAUGGCUCAUGCUUUUGACAAGGUUCAAGCCAGCUUGUUGCAAGCUGCUGAACAAGGUAAUAAGCUGGAGAAGAAGGUUGCGUUGCACUUCGGAGGAUAUCAGGCUCGGGCAAAGACGCUACGAAACAAGAUAAUACAAGCUGAUGAAGCUCUUAACAAAGCGACCAUUGCCCUGGAUUCAUUCCGUACCUUGCAAAUUGCAGAAGACGCAGCUAUUAGCUUGCGGCUUGAAAAUAUUCGAGAUGAGGUGACCUUCGUGACUAGACGAGAACGCGAGGCACAGGAACUAUACAGGGCCAGGAAGGACGAACUCGAAUCUCUUACUAGUGGGAUGAAUGGAUGGCAUUAA